AUGCGAGAAUCGAGAUCAAACCCAAACUUACGCAAGCAAUCGAAGCAACCUCCUGCUGUUGUCAACUAUGAUGAAUCAGGAUUAUUGCAAGACCACUUUCAUGAUCCUUCAUUCUUCCAGCCGAUGACCGAAGAGCCUGUAUUGACAAGACGCUUGUCACAACAACCAAAAACGAAAAGCAGAGCAUCAGCGAGGCAAUCCUUGAGGAAACAGCCUUCGGCACGCCCUUCCAUAGCCAACGCACUUCAAGGUUCUGCAAGAGAAUUGUUGCCAAUGCAAGAUAUGCCAGCUGGGCCUCAAUGGAAAGGAAGUAAUGUACGACAAAUAUCGCCUCCGCCACAUUCAUUGAGUCGUUAUCCGAGGCAAUCUGUUUCACCUCCACCUGCUGUUGUGACGCCUCCAGGAGAGUCAUCAGACAAGAAAAAAUACACUAAGCAUUCUCACAGAUCCAAAAGCACGAGCAAGCCAAAUUCGAGGAAUUCACACCGCAACUCUACUUCCCACAAAGAACGAUCAUCGUCUCAUGAUAGAUACGAAGUGAAAGAUGUGGAACAAAAGGAUUUGCACCCUGCCGUUCAGGAACAUAUCCUAGCCGAGAUGCAAAUGGCACAACAAGUUCAGAAGGAGCAAGAGGUAUAUCAUCGUUAUCAAAAUCAUCGUCAGCAAUCAAAGCAAAAGCCGAAACAGAAACUAGAGCGAGAAACUAGACGGUCGAGAAUACAAGAAAGAUCCCAAGGACAAGCACCUGAAAUCUUGCAUCCCUAUCUGCAAGAGCACAUCAUGGCCGAGAAUGCCAUUAAGGAAACGGUUAAAUCGAGAGAGCAGCAACAAAGAGAACAAGCGCUCUUGCACAAUGCAAGGCAACAAGCAGGAAAUGAUCCGAAUGGUAUGCAUGAAUAUUUGCAGGAGCAUUUCUUGGCCACUGCCGAUCGAGAAGGGCAACCAUUUCCGCCUGGAAACAACACUGUGGACGAACAAUUUGCUUCUUUUGCAGGAAAUCUAUUAGACGCCUAUCACACAGAUGCAGUUUUUGGUCAUGACCCAAAUCAGGAUCAUCAACAAUUGCGAGAGGAACGACUAAGGCGACACCGUGAUAAGAAGCGAAAUCGGAAAAGGGGCUGGUUCGGACGAAAGUCAAGUCACAGCCCAACGGGAUCAACCAACACUUCCAUUUCCAGCACAGCUUCUGGAUUUGUCCCACCACCUGCGCCACCAGUAGCAAGUACCCCACCGCCACCAUCGACUGCGGAAAAUACUCCGAAGUCAAUCGGUUCGAGACUGAAGAGUGCUGUUUUACCACGAAGAAAACAAAGGGAGAGUACUCGAAAUGACAGUCGUGACGCUCCCAAGACUAUCAAUGAUCCACUAUUGCAACAGACCAUAUUGGAAAGUAUCGCUGCCAGUGAGGCUAUUCAACAGGCGGAACCGCGUGCACCACCACGGUCCCGAUCGGACCUACAGCACCGAUCGAGACGAGAGACCGAGCCGCGAACGUCUCGCAGGCGACGGCACUCCAAUGACCACGACGUAGAACAAAGGCAAAUCGAGCAGCAUGGUAUCCUGGAGUCGAAUAUGGAACAGCUGCACAUUGGAAUUGUGAAUACCGCAAAUGGUCGCAAACAAGUUGCCAUGCAUCAGGGAGUGAAAUUGGAUUCACGUCGAGAGCGACAAAAGCAACAACCACGGAAUCCAGAACCACAGCAUCCGCAGCAUCAUGCACAGCAUCAUCAAAGAGAGCGCCGUCGGUCUUCUUCGCAACCACAUGUGGUCAAUAGGGAUGGUGAAUCAUCUACUUCCAAGAAUCACCAAACUCCGAUUCUCGAUCCAGAGCUGGAGCUUGCCAUGAUGUUUGCUUCCAAUACUGGAGAACCCAAUGGUACCGAUCAACAGGCUCAGCAGUUCCUAUUGGAACAACAGGCAGCCUUGGAAGCUCUUCAGCGUCAGCAACGAGAACGUCAAGCCAAAACGCCCCCAGCACCGACACCAGCUGCCGCUUCCAGACCGCCGGAGCCAUUUACGCACAAUACAUCCCAACUCAAGCCCCCACCAGAAUCGACGAUUCCUUCUACUCCCCACAUUGAUACAAACCGAAUACAGAGAGGGGAAGCAAAGGGGGGUACCGGGCCGACACUCAAGGCUGCGCCCGAGAUUGCAGCAUUACCUGCUCCAGAAACGGACUAUUGUGGCAAUUCCUGGGAUGGCAGCCGUAGCACCCUUUCCGGAGAGGAUGAAGACUUUUUCGAUUGGGCCUCGGUCGAUGAAGAACCUCCGAUUCGCGAGGCUGUGACUCGUGAAAGUUUCGUGUCGGCAAUCACCAAUCCAAUUACCAGUGAUGGAGAGUAUUAUUCUGAUUCCGAACCAGAGGAUUACUAUGCAGAGAACUACGACUCUGAUGACUAUGUAGACGAGGACGAAUGGGAAAGACUGGAGAAAGCCAUGGAAAAAGGAGGUCCAGAAGCUACUCGUCAAUGGGAAGAAUUCCUGAGAAAACAAAGUCAGGUGACAGAGAGUGAACAGCCAGAUCAUGAGCCUAUGGAGGCUAAUCAGCACCCGGCUCCUUACGAUGGAGACUACGCCCCAAGUCAGAUGCCUGAUUCUGAUGAGGAAGAUCCAGUUACUCAGAAUGAAAAAGCCUUCCCACCUCAAGUUGCCAAAACGCCACCUGCUCAGGUUGCUAAAGCCUUCUCACCUCAAGUUGCCAAAGCUCCUCCUCCUCAAGUUGCCAAAGCUCCUGCAGCCUCUUUGAUCAGUGUUCUCCCUACGUUUGUUUGCGAGUGUUGCGCAGAGAGAAAGUCGACCAAGGACCAUGCCCAUCAUUGCGAUAGCUUGGGUACCCCUCACAUGGUGUGUUCAGGCUGCAUUAAGAAAUACCUUGAAAACCGACAUACCAAAUAUCGAAUGUUUGAAUCGCACAACAAAACACUCUACCAGGUCAAAUGUUUUACAGCCUUGGACGGAUCUUCUUGUAAUGGUUGCAAUGCCACCCUUAAUUUCCAGUUGCAAAGUAUAUUCACACUGCCCGAGUUGGAAAGUUGGCUCGUGCGCGAACGGAAUCGAUUGCACACCAUGGCAACUGCCAAAAACAAUCGGAAAAGUCCUACCAACUAUUAG